UACAAGUAGAAGUAGGGUUUUUUCUCCUUGCUUUACAAGUAUAUAUUUUUCUUUUGCAUCAAAUUGGCAUUUAACAACACAGCCUGUCUGUAUCUUCUUCCUCUCUGUCUCUGUCUCUUUCUCUCUCCCAAUCCACAGACAAAAUGCAGCUUCCCCAACUCACUCACUAACCCCCAAAACCAACCAAUGCUUAGAAAUUAAACCAGCGCUUCAAACCCCGCAAACCCACUUCCUUCUUCACAAUCUGGGUGGUUUUCUCCAGAAGAAAACCAACCAAGUUACCAGAAUGCAGCCUCGAUUGCUUCCCAUUUUGCUUUUCGCCCUCCUCGCCGUGUUGCCCUUGGGAAAACCAGAUCUGGGUUCCGACCGAUCUGCUCUCUUGGCCCUCCGGUUGGCGGUCGGCGGGAGAACGCUUCUGUGGAACGUCACUGAGUCCAGUCCGUGCCUUUGGGCUGGAGUCAAAUGCGAGGGCAACCGUGUCGCCGCGCUCCGCCUUCCCGGCGUGGCCCUCUCCGGCGAACUCCCCACCGGCAUUUUCGGCAACUUGACCCGUCUUCGCACUCUCAGUAUGCGCCUGAACGCUCUCACGGGCCAACUCCCUUCUGAUCUCGCUUCCUGUGUGAACCUUCGCAACCUCUACUUGCAAGGUAAUUUCUUUUCAGGCGAAAUCCCGGACUUUCUGUUCACUCUUCGUGACCUCGUCCGGCUCAACCUUGCUUCCAACAACUUCUCUGGUGGGAUCCCUCUGGGUCUCAACAAUCUGACCAGGUUGAGAACGUUGUUUCUCGAGAACAACCAACUCACCGGGUCGAUUCCACCCACGCUAGACAUCCCAAAGAUCGAGCAGUUCAACGUCUCCAACAAUCUGCUCAACGGGUCGGUCCCAGAGAAACUGCAGUCGUUUAAACAGGACUCGUUUCUGGGGAAUUCACUCUGUGGGCUGCCCUUUGAAGCUUGUUCGUCCCCCCAAAAUGUGAGCCUUCCGGGCAAAAUCAAUGGCGGAAAGAAGAAGCUUCCCGGCGGUGCUAUUGCGGGCAUUGUGAUCGGAUCCGUAUUGGCUUUUCUACUAAUCCUUGUUAUUCUGAUAGUAGUGUGCCGGAAGAAGAGUAGAAGCAAGAAGACGAGCGCGGUGGACAUUGCGACGGUGAAGCACGCCGAGGCGGAGAUUCCGGGCGAGAAACCGGUCGGCGAGGUCGAGAACGGCGGGUACGGAAAUGGGUAUUCCGUGGCGGCCGCGGCGGUGGCGGCCAUGACCGGGAACGCGAAGCCGGCAGAGGCCAGUGCUAAUGGUGCAGGGGUUAAGAAGUUGGUGUUUUUUGGGAACGCUGCGAGGGUUUUUGAUUUGGAGGACUUGUUGAGGGCGUCGGCGGAGGUUUUGGGGAAGGGAACGUUCGGGACGGCGUACAAGGCGGUGUUGGAGAUGGGAACGGUGGUGGCGGUAAAGCGGUUGAAGGAUGUGACGAUUUCGGAUAAGGAGUUCAAGGAGAAGAUCGAGGCGGUGGGAUCGAUGGAUCAUGAAAAUUUGGUCCCUCUCAGGGCUUAUUAUUACAGCCGGGACGAGAAGCUGCUUGUGUAUGAUUACAUGGCCAUGGGAAGCUUGUCUGCGCUCUUGCAUGGCAACAAAGGAGCGGGUAGAACUCCAUUGAAUUGGGAAAUCAGGUCCGCCAUUGCCCUCGGGGCGGCUCGUGGCAUCCAAUAUCUGCACUCGCAAGGCCCCGCCGUCUCUCACGGAAACAUAAAAUCGUCCAACAUCCUCCUCACCAAAUCCUACGAUGCCCGAGUUUCUGAUUUUGGUCUCGCACACCUUGUCGGGCCGUCUUCGACUCCCAACCGCGUGGCCGGCUACCGUGCCCCCGAGGUCACCGACCCUCGGAAAGUCUCCCAGAAGGCAGAUGUGUACAGCUUUGGUGUAUUGCUCUUGGAGCUGCUCACUGGCAAGGCUCCCACUCAUGCCCUUUUGAACGAGGAAGGAGUGGACCUUCCCAGAUGGGUGCAGUCCAUAGUUCGAGAGGAGUGGACCUCUGAGGUUUUCGAUCUCGAGCUCCUCCGGUACCAGAAUGUUGAGGAGGAGAUGGUUCAGCUCUUGCAGCUUGCAGUAGAUUGUGCAGCACAAUAUCCCGAUAAACGCCCGUCAAUGCCUGAAGUCACAAGGCGCAUUGAGGAGCUGCGUGGCUCUAGCUUGAGAGAAGAUCAAAUCCCACAAGCCGAUCUCAUCAAUGAUUCGGAUGAUAUCUCUUCUCGGUGACUUCUUUCUUUCAGUGCCUGCCGCCAUCCUUCCUUCCUGAUGUAUUGUAAGAGGAACUUCAUUGCUUUGUUCUUGCAUCUUAAUUCUGGUGUUUUGGUUGUAUGUCUAAUCCGGGCCUCACCUUAUUUCCUCAGCCAACCUUCAAUUUAUUUUUCUUUUUUUUUUUUUCCUCUUAUCGAAUUUCCCCAUUGUACUAGUUUUUUUCUUUUUAUCUUUUUUUUCAUUAAUACUUUGGGGUGGAUAUCUGUUCCAUUAGAUAUUGUUGGGUGGACGAUGGUGGUUGUAAUUAUUACUUGUGCUUUUUUCCUUUCGCUUUUGCUUUUGUCACAACUUUUUGCCUGUCGAAGUUGAGAUGUUAUAGUUGCUUUUA